AUGGAUAUGAUUAAACCUUUAAUAAAACAACAAUUAUCUGCAAAGAAAUUGUUAUAUAAACCAUGCGCUGUGAUUAUGGGAAGAACAGGAGCUGGAAAAACAACAUUGGUUAACACACUUUGUGAAACAGAACAUGCAGCAGGUGAAGGCAGAGGAAGUGUCACUCGAAAUCUUUAUCUUAACGAUAUUUCUUAUGGCGAUCAUACGUUUUCUUUAAUUGAUACACCUGGAACAGAUAGUUCAUCUGAAACAUACAAACAUGCUGUUUUGUUAAGAGAAGGUUUGACAGCAAAAAACAUAAAUACCAUAUUUAUUGUCAUUAAAUAUGAUAGUCGGUUUGAUAAAAUGGUGGAAAAUUAUUUCGAAGUUGAACAACCGGUCUAUAAUUAUACUGAUAAAGUUGUUGUUAUGAUUUCUCAUUGGGAUCAAUCGAAAAAUCCACAAAAAAAUUAUGAGGAAAUUUGUGAAUUAUUUCAAGAUGAAUGUCCAAAGAUAAACAAUUUAAUUUUCUAUUCGGAUCGAAGUUCAACAACAGAAGUAUCAAAUCUUAUGUACAGCUGCAUAUCUAAUAUGAAAAAAGACAAACUAAAAAUAGAAGAUGAAGAAUUUUUUUUAAAAUUCAAUAUAUAUGAAAUGAAAAAUCAAAUGAAAGUUUCAUUCAAAGAAUAUGAAAAAAAAAUCGCUUCGCUUCUACAAGAAUAUACAGACUUGAUUAAUUCAGUUCAAUGUGCAUCUGUUGAAGAUAAAGAUGAAGUUUUACAUAUGACAAUAGUCCAAUUCAAAAAUGAAGCCGAAACAAUGCUACAAGAUUUUCAAAGAAAACAUGGUGGAGCUAUGAUGGAAUUAGAUUACUACGCAUUCUCUAUUAAAAUGCAAAAAGAAAAUGUUCGAAUAUGUGAUGAUUUUGUUGAAAAAGUAGUACCAUUAAUGUCUUAUAAUCUAUUUGAUAAUCAAGAUCCAAGAAAUUUAAUUAAAAGAUGUCCAUAUUGUAAAUUGAUUUGGUUCAAAACAGAAGGUUGUGAUGGAAUCACAACUUGUGGGAAUAACAGCUUUAGUAAGCGUAGUGGAAUAACUAGCAAAGCUUUUUGGAAGUAUCAAGUUCAACGAAUAGAAGGAAAACUUCAAUGGACCAAAAAUCCAGUAGAAGAUGUUAUUGAAGAAAAUUCCGAAGAAAAACCUGAAGAAAACUUUGAAGAAUUUGUCGAACGUCCUUCUGACCCAUUAAAUCUAGUACAACACUUAAUUCGGAUAAAAAUGAAAAAUUUUCAAAAUAAAGCAAAUUCUAAACGAGUUGGUUGUGGAAAAAAGUUUAAAUGGAGUGAACUUCCAAAAAUAGAAGAUGAAUUAAUUCUCGAAUUAUUCAAAGUAAAAACGAUCGAUCAAGCUAAACAAUUAAUUCAAGCUGGCAACUUUCAAGCAGCUAAAACUAACUAUGAACAUGAUAUUGACUCGAAUUUUUAUUUUUGA